AGAGGGCUGGAGCUGAGCUCAACAAGACUGAAACUCUGAAACCUACGAGAUCACAGCAAGCUGGAGAGGAGUUUUAAAACAGAUGUGCCUUCUUCAGCGUGUCCUGGUUGGUUGGCUCAACUUUAGAUGGACUUUUGCUUUUUUGCUCCUGGUUUAAAGGUUUUUUUCUUGAUACAAAAUAAAUUUAUUUUGUGACUGUGAGAUUCUUCUGGGUUACAUUCAACUCAGAUUAGAUUUUAUUUCACCUGGCCUCUGUUCUGCUAUGGCUGCCGUGCGUCAGAUACCGGUGGAGAUUGGCGUCCGUGCGCUGCUACCCCACCUUAUGGCCAUGGAAGAGUUCCCCCAGCAGCUGCCUGUCCCCAAGGGUCUGGAAAAGGGCAAGAGCCGCUCCCGCCGACCUCGUGAGGCUCGCUUUAAAACACAGCCCGUUACAUUUGCUGAGAUUGCAGAGGUGGAAGAAGAAGGCUCGUCCCCCCUGGAAGAGGAAAGAGCUCGUCGCUCCUUUUUGCAGUCACUGGAGAACCUACGACGGAGCACACAGACCCUCCACUGCCCACCGGCUGCCCAACGCAGCUGCACCCCUACAUCCACACAGGCCAGCCUGGACUCUAGUGACUCCGACUCCAUCCAGUGAGGUCUUCAACACCUUUUUCUUUUGACUCUGACAUUCCUCACGCUUCCCUUCAGAUGGAGAACAACUGAACUGUGGCCUUCCCACCACCAGCCUGCUUGGGUCUCUAAACAAGUCAACACACAACUUCAAACGCACCAGCAAAGACCUCCGCCGUCAGCUGAUCUCACCACCAUUCAGAUAUUUUUAUUAUUAUUAUUGUGAAAACUUUUUAUUUACGAUGUUUAAUUUCUCUCUGGGAUCAAUAAAGUUUAUUUGAAUUUGAAAAUAUUGUGCGUAAAUGUAGCAGACACCAUUCAAACCGAUUCCUUUCCUACUCAAGACAAAAGUGUGUUCAAGUCCAGACUUUUCUACAUGACCUCUGGUCAUUGAAGGAACUUUUAAUAAUGUUAUUAUUAUAACUUUAUAACUUGUAAUUACACAGAAAAAGCAAAACUACUGUGCAUUAAAGUUGGCGUCUUCUUUGCUGAAGCUGAACCCAUUGUGAAGCUUCAUAGAGUCCGGACUCUUGUUUCACAGCUUCAGUCUUUUAAAUCAGAGCUGCACCUUCAAGUUCUAUACAGACAACCUUUCUAAAUGUUUUUAUUUUAUUACUAGAUAUUUAUUUUACUUUAUUUGUUUAAAACCACAUGAAGUUCUCGAUGUAAAAUAUAACUUUUCAUUUUGAACUGCUAUUAAAGAGACUGACUUUUU